CUAAAUCGUAAAUAAAUCCUAGUCAGAGUUCCUUCCAAUUUUUUUGCGAGGUAAAAAAAAAAAAAAAAAAAGAUAUGGUGGAAGUCGACGUAGAUAUGGUGGCGGCAGACAGCAGCGGCGUACCUGAAUUAGAUGAAAUGAAAAAGAGAUUAAAAGAGAUGGAAGAUGAAGCUGCCGCCUUGCGUGAGAUGCAGGCCAAAGUUGAGAAAGAAAUGGGCCUUACUACUAACAAUCAAGAUCUUGGUGCUGCUAAUGCAAACCAGGCAAAUAAGGAGGAAGUGGAUGCUCGGUCAGUUUUUGUUGGCAAUGUGGACUAUUCUUGUACUCCUGAGGAAGUUCAGCAACAUUUUCAAUCUUGUGGGACAGUGAAUAGGGUCACUAUCCGUAGUAACAAGUUUGGGCAACCAAAGGGAUAUGCUUAUGUGGAGUUUGUUGAACCGGAGGCUGUUCAGGAGGCCAUUCUUCUUAACGAGUCUGAGCUUCAUGGCCGUCAAUUGAAGGUAUCGGCCAAAAGGACCAACGUUCCUGGAAUGAAGAUAUUUCGGGGUCGGCGAUCAAGCCCAUAUAUGAGCUUUCCUUCCAGGGUUCCAUACAUGGCUGCCCCCUACUUUUCUGCUUAUGGAUAUGGGAAAGUUCCAAGGUUCAGAACGUCUAUGCGCUAUAGCCCAUAUUAUUAAGAGUUGCAGAUUUUGGUCGAGAAAAGCACAAGUAUUGGCAUAUGAAGGUCAUAUGAUAUCUCUAGGUUUAUCAGUAAUGUGUAGCGAUAUUUGCUAUGAACGUUUGGGCUUUCAGUUGAUCUGACUAGUAAACAUUGGUGAUGUUUGAUAAACUCGUUGCUUUAUGAAUAUGAUGGAUAAGACAAAUGAAUUCAUGUGAAGAUUAUCAGAAAAUA